AUGGAAGCCCUUGGAAUUUUUGGACCAAAACUUGGAUCGAACCUCACCUUUCCUUCUCAACACAAUUUAUUUCCGGCAUGCAACCUCUAUCGCUUUCCGGUGACCACACAUCCUCGUAAGCUAGCACAUUUUGUUCCUUUGAAAGCGACAGCUAAUACUCUGGCUUGUGAAGAUGAAGAAAAUAAUCGAAAUUUCAUAAAGCUAGACCCUUCUAAGUGGGAUCAUCAAUCCCUCUUUGCUAAGCUGGAUAUCUCAAUUGUUGUUCGUUUAAAAGACGCUGACAGUUGA